AUGGCCUCCGGACUCAUUUUCAAUCCCUACACUCUCCUCCACGUCCUCCCACUUGCAACCAGCACAGGGACACUCGCGCACGCGAUUCUCGAACACACCGCAUUCAAUGCCUUCCUAACCCCAUCCAUCCGGCAACCCUCGGACAAGAUCCUGCCGACGUGGUUCAGCCGCGUCUUCAACCGCGCCGUGUGGACCGUGCUCGCCCUGAACUUGGGCACGAUCACCUCCGCCGCCGCGACUCUCUUCUUGGACCGCCAUUACCCGUCCCGGCGCCCGCUGCAGACUUCCGCGUUCUACUGGGCGGGACUAGUGGGCGCCGUGGGACAUUUGGCGUUUGUGCCGUUUGUGGCGGGGCCUGUGCAGCGGAUUGUGGAGGAUACGGCAGUCAAGGAGGAUGCUGGGGAGAGUGGAAUUGGGGCGACGGGGGAUAUGGCGCGAUGGUUGAGUGUUCAUCGGAUUAGGAUGGCUGUUGCGGAUCUGCCUGCUUGGAUUGCUUUCGUGGGGGCUAUCUUGACUUUGUAG